GCCAGAAACGUUUUUCCCCCUUCUGUCUUUCCCCUUCCCUGCUUUUUUGGGAUCAGCCCACAAGUGACUGGCUCUCCGGUGACGCAGUGUCUACUCUGAGGCUUCCUUUGAAUCAUUAGCAGACACGCACAGACACUUUUUUUUGGUAUUCCUCUCCUCCUUCUCUCUCUUUCCACCCCCCUCCCCUUCUACCCCAGCCCCUCCAGCGUCCUCCCCUCCUGAGCAAGAGGAGGACAGAAGGGAGAAAGCAAUUACCCAACUCAGGAGCUCUGCAAGGAGAGAAGCCGAGAGAGAGUGUGUGUGGGGGAAAAUCCAGCCUCCAUCCAAAAAGAAAACCCAACCCUUCAGAAAAACCUCUCCCUGGGCAUGAAACUCACUAAUCUCGCCUGCUCUGCAUGGCCACGGAUGCUGCAAUGCACAUUCUUCUGCCUCUUGAGCCUUGAUCUGGGACUCGGCGCUGCUCGCUCAGAUUCCAAGGUGUUUCGAAUCUACAACAGCAGGCUGCAGGGCUGCUUGGAGACCAAGGACACCCUGGUGAAGGUCUCCAAAGCCUGCAACGUCAGCGCCCCAGCCCAGCAGUGGAAAUGGGUCUCCCGGAACCGACUCUUCAACCUCGGGACCAUGCAGUGCCUCGGAGUCUCCUGGCAGGGCAUCAACUCCACCGCGGCGGUGCAGUCACUGGCCACCUACGAGUGCGACCGCGAGUCCGUCAACAUGAGGUGGAGCUGCCGGAGCUUAGGGGAGCAUCUCUCUCAGUAUCUGAACGCCAAGGCAGGGAACCUCUCCCUGGCACCUGCCGAGAGAGGAGAUCAGGCACGCGGUGGGCAGUGGAGUGUCUAUACCACCCAUGAAGAUUUGUGCUCCAGCCCCUAUUCUGAAAUUUACACCAUCCAAGGCAAUUCCCACGGGAAGCCCUGCACCAUCCCCUUCAAGUACGACAACCAGUGGUUCCAUGAUUGCACCAGCACAGGCCGGGAGGAUGGGCAUCUGUGGUGUGCCACCACGCAGGAUUAUGGCAAAGAUGAACGAUGGGGCUUCUGUCCCAUUAAGAGCAACGACUGCGAGACCUUCUGGGACAAGGAUCACCUGACCAACAGCUGCUACCAGUUCAACUUCCAGUCCACCCUGUCCUGGCGGGAGGCGUGGAGCAGCUGCGAGCAGCAGGGAGCCAAUCUGCUGAGCAUCACGGAGAUCCACGAGCAGACCUACAUCAACGGGCUGCUGACGGGCUACAGCUCCACCCUCUGGAUUGGGCUCAAUGACCUGGAUAUGAACGGGGGCUGGCAGUGGUCAGACAACUCGCCCCUGAAGUACCUCAACUGGGAGAGUGACCAGCCUGACAAUCCCAGUGAAGAAAACUGUGGGGUGAUCCGGACAGAGUCCUCGGGGGGCUGGCAGAACAGGGACUGCAGCAUCGCACUGCCUUAUGUGUGCAAGAAGAAACCCAAUGCCACCUCCGAUCCGUUCACAACAGACUCCUGGUCAGAGGUGAAGGUUGAUUGUGAACCUACCUGGCAGCCCUUCCAGUCCAGCUGCUACCGGCUGGUUGGCGAGAAGAAGAGCUGGCAAGACGCGAAGAAGAUCUGCUUGCGCGGCGGCGGGGACCUGGUGAGCAUCCACACGCUCUCCGAGCUGGAGUUUGUCACCAAGCAGAUCAAGCAAGAUGUUGAGGAGCUCUGGAUUGGCCUGAACGACCUCAAGCUGCAGAUGAAUUUUGAGUGGUCAGAUGGGACGCCAGUGCGGUUCACUUACUGGCACCCCUUUGAGCCCAACAACUUCCGAGACAGCCUGGAGGACUGUGUGACCAUCUGGGGACCGGAGGGGAGGUGGAAUGACAGCCCGUGUAACCAGACGCUGCCCUCCAUCUGUAAGAAGCCCGGCCGGGUGAGCCAGCGGGGAGAGGAGGAGGAGGACCACGGCUGCAGGAAGGGCUGGAAAUGGCACAGCCCCUCCUGCUAUUGGCUAGGAGAAGACCGUGUGACCUACAGUGAUGCACGGAAGAUGUGCAUUGACUAUGGGGCCACCCUUGUCACCAUCACCAACAGGUUUGAGCAGGCGUACGUCAGCAGCCUCAUCUAUGGCUGGGACAGUGAGUAUUUCUGGACGGCGCUGCAGGACAUCAACGAGACGGGUGCUUUCCGCUGGCUGAGCGGCGAUGAAGUCAUGUACACCCACUGGAACCGCGACCAGCCCGGUUACAACAAGGGUGGCUGCGUCGCCCUGGCCACGGGGAGCUCCAUGGGGCUAUGGGAAGUGAAGAACUGCAGCACGUUCAAGGCCAAAUACAUCUGCAGGCAGAACCUGGGCACCCCAGUGAACCCCGAGUUACCAGCCCCAUACCCGACGCCCAGCCUCACUGGCUCAUGCCCCCAGGGAUGGAGCUCGGACCCCAAGCUCCGACACUGCUACAAGGUGUUUAACUACGACAAGCUGCAGGACAAGAAGACCUGGAUUCUGGCCCAGCUGUUCUGCCGUGAGCUGGGGGCGCAGCUGCUCAGCCUGGGCAGCUACGAGGAGGAGCAUUUCGUGGCCAACACCCUGAACAAGAUCUUUGGCGAAUCGGAACCGGAGAUCCAUGAGCAGCACUGGUUCUGGAUCGGCUUGAACCGGCGGGAUCCUGGAGCAGAGAGGAGCUGGAGGUGGAGUGACGGCCUCGGGUUUUUCUACCACAAUUUUGACCGCAGCAACCACGAUGAUGACGACAUCCGUAACUGUGCAGUGCUGGACCUGGCAUCCUUGCAGUGGAUGCCCAUGCAGUGUGACUCACAGCUGGACUGGAUCUGCAAACUGCCCAAAGGUGCUGAUGUGAAGGAGCCAGAGAUCCCCACCCAAGGCAGCAAAGAGUGGGUGAAAUAUCAGGAUGCAGAAUACAAAUUCUUUGAGCAUCACUCGACCUGGGUGCAGGCUCAGCGGAUCUGCACCUGGUUUCAAGCUGAAUUGGUGUCUGUUCAUAACCAAGCCGAGCUGGAUUUUUUGGGCCAGAGCCUGAAGAAGUUCUCCAGGGGCCAGGAGCAGCACUGGUGGAUCGGGCUGCACACCUACGAAAACGACGGGCGAUUCAAGUGGUCCGACGGCUCCCUCCUGAACUUCAUCUUCUGGGCGCCGGGCAAGCCGCGGCCGAUCAGCAAGGAGAAGAAGUGCGUGUACAUGACAGCCAGCAGAGAGGACUGGGGGGACCAGAAGUGUCUAACUGCUCUGCCGUAUAUCUGCAAACGGAGUAACAUCACUGCUGUGAAGCCCUCUCUGCCACCACUGCCUACUCCCGUUCCUGGUGGCUGCGCAUGGGGUUGGAUCCCGUUCAUCAACAAGUGUUUCAGCAUCAAGGGCCACGACAAGGCUGAGCAGGUGAAGUGGCAGGAAGCGAAGCGAGCAUGUGAGAGCCAGGGCUCUGUGCUGGCCACCAUCUCCAACUACCUAGAGCAAGCUUUUAUAACAUCCAUCCUUCCCAAUGUGACCUUUAACCUUUGGCUCGGCCUUCACGAUGCCAAGCAGGAGUUCCAGUGGGUGGAAUCGGAACCUCUCCGAUACGUCAACUGGGCCCCAGGGGAGCCCUCCGGGUACGGCACCUCCACAGUGAACGACAAACCGACUAACUGCGCGAUGGUUUGGCACGGCUCCCCUCCCCACUUCACUGGCCGCUGGGACGACAGGAACUGCCUGGAGGAGAAGCAUGGCUACAUCUGCCAACGUAGCAUAGACCCAACUCUGAGCUCAUCCCGGACCAGCUAUCCCCCCUCCCCCAGCUCCCCGCUCUCCUACCUCAACAGCACCUACCGCAUCCUGCGGAAACCCCUGAAGUGGCAGGAGGCCCUGCUGCUGUGCGAGACCCGCAACGCCACGCUAGCCAGUGUGCUGGAUCCCUACACCCAGGCCUACCUCACCCAGGCCAUCAGCAGCUUGCGGGCCCCUCUUUGGAUCGGCCUGGCCAAUGAGGAGGGAGGCCGGAGCUACUCGUGGUUCACAGAAGAGAGCCUGUCCUAUGUCAACUGGCAGGACGGGGAGCCUCAGCAGGUCACGGGCUGCUCCUACAUGGACAUGGAUGGGACGUGGCGGACAGCUGGUUGUGACACCAGAUUGCAAGGGGCUAUCUGCAAGGUCAACACAGGGUCCCCCCGGUCACACAAGUGGAGUUACAGUGGGAGCUGUCCCAAGUCAGUGGAGGAUUCCUCCUGGAUCCCUUUUAGGAAUCACUGCUACACUUUCCACAUGGAGGUCACUCUGGGACAGAAGGACGCCAUAAAGAGAUGCCAAAAAGCUGGUGGCACGGUGCUGUCCAUCCAGGAUGAGACAGAGAACGUGUUCGUUUGGGAGCAUCUCCAAGCCUACGAGAGCCAAUCCAAGGGCGCCUGGUUGGGGAUGACGUUUAACCCGAAAGGAGGCACCUUGGUUUGGCACGACAACACAGCCAUGAACUACUCCAACUGGGGCCAGCAUGACACUGGACCCAGCAUGCUCAGCCAGAACAGCUGCUACUGGAUCCAGAGCAGUAACGGGGUGUGGCACCUGGGCUCCUGCUCUAAUGUCACCAUGGGGGUCAUUUGUAAGAUCCCCCGAGUUGAGGAGAGCAGCUUCUCCCGAUCAGCUCUCCCAGACAACACGACCGCCAUUGCUGUGGUUGUCCUCUCCGCACUAGCGCUGUGCGCUUUGGUCGCCCUCGCCGUCUACCUGUACAAGCGCCGGCGGAGCUCCGAGCGGGGGACCUUUGAGAGCGCCCGAUACAGCCGCACCACCUCCAGCCCCAGUGAAUCUGCCGAGAAGAACAUUCUGGUGUCUGACAUGGAGAUGAAUGAACAGCAAGACUAAUGGGGGGAGUUGGGGGGAAGGGGGAGGGGCUGAGAGCACCAGGCACACUAUCUCCACACCAAAUACACAAGGUCAGCAAAGGACAACAGCAGAAUCACUGCGGCUGGGACAGGGAAGAAGAGCCAAAAAGGGUUUGGGGUGGAACGAGGGCCUUUGUCACCAGGAAAUCAAACACCGGGGCCAGUCGCGUCUCCCUCUCGUAUCCCCUGGGUGGUCAACAGGGUUUGCAACACCCAUGGGAGUUCGGGGAAGGCGGUCUCUAGGCUGCAGCGGGAGGGCAGAGCAUCACCCAGUUAGAGCCUUUCAGAGACCUACACAGGAGCCAAGGCACCUGCGACCCUGAGGUACUAAUAGCCACGAGCAUUUAGGGCCAUUAUGUGGCUCUCUGGACUGGCUCCCCGAGGCCACAUAGGAGACAGGCUGGUGUCCAGAGAGAACUUCCUCCCAGGUGAGCAGUCUCUAAACCCAACCCUUCCCACUCCACUUAUCCAGGUGGGAGGGUUCCCCACCCCUCCCCAAGCGUCUGGGUCUGAGCUAUCUCCAUCACACCUCCCUGGGUUACUGCAUCCCUCUCAGUUAGCAGAGCAUGGCCACGGCCCACGUUCCCUCCAGCAAUGGCAGCAUGGGCAUCCCACUAACUCCCCUGGGAUCAGAUCAGAGGCCCUCCUUUCCCAUCCCCCCCACCAGAUACAAAGGUGUGAGCACUCCCUUCUCUUCUAGCACUGUGUCUGAUUGGGGCGUGGGGGGGAGGCUGCAAGGGAAUGGUUUUCCACUUAGUCUUCAUUCCCACCCUGCCGUUUUUCCUGCGACUUCUCAUCAUGUCACGGUGCAAUUAUAUUUAUUCCAUUAGGGUGUCAGAGACGGAAUCCUUUGCCCAUCCCCAUCUCUCCUCUCCCGUGGACUCAAACAGAGCCACUUCUACCUUGCCUGAAUGAUUUAGAGAACUGGAAGAUGAGCUCACCCGCUUUGUCUCAUGUGCCAAUAAGUGGCUUAUGCCCAAAGCUGCUAGGCUACAAUGAAACUUGAGCCACUAAGCAGCCCGGUCAGUGUGGGUCUGAUUGCAGAUUUCUGACAGGAUGCUCAGAGUAAGGAAUGAAAGGCCCCUGACUCUAUAAAAAUGUUCCUGUGCCAGAUAUGGACUGGCUACAGAGCUUCCUUACACACAGCAGAUGUGUUCAUUAUACGUUCCUUUAAUGCUCUGCCAGCGAUGGUUGACAUGCGUUUAAAUCAGGUAUUUUACACACACUGCCGUGUGGUGGCUGAGCAGUGUAACAGUUGAUCAUUCCCAUGACUUCACCCCCAUUAAGUUCUACAUUCCUACAUUUACAAUAUUUAAACUAUCCCUUUGUCUUUGAAGUUCAGUACAUAUCAGUCUAAGUGCCUCCGAAUCAUACUGUUCUUCUAAUUACACAACCCAAACACGUAACACUUGGUCAGCUGGCUGGCUGUUAGUUGCAGCAACUGGCAAUGGUAGGUUUGGAAUCUUUGAGGAGUCGUCCUGCAUCUGCCAUGUGCAGAGUUUGCUCUGUUGAUUGUUCUUUCUGAGGAACAAACUGUAGAUGUCAACGAUUUCUGUUGAACUCUCCACUGUCGGUCUCGGUUACACAUGAUCUGGGCGCUGAACUCUUUUUUUUUUUACGGCAGCUGGACUUGCCCACCCUUUUUCUCCAUCCAAUUUGAUAUGAACAGUCACCAGGUUCUCGACCUGGCAGCUCUCUGGGUGACCUUUGUUGUAAAAGUGUUCAUAAGCUCUUUUAGCCUUUUUAUCCACUUUGGCUACUCUCUUCAUGUGUGGCCACUUCGGGAAUAUGUUCUUUUCCAAAGUUGGAACAGAAGUUGUGAGUUGUCUUCCCAUCAGCAAUUGUGCUGGACUGUAUCUGGACUGUAUCAACAGUAGCUGCUGUUGCUGAUUUGUAACUCAGAAAAGCAAUGAAUAGAUCUUCCUGCUGUAGGACUUUCCUGUCUGCCUGUAAAGCUCUCUCAUCUCUCCAUUCACUUGUGGGUAAAGUGGGAUGCUAGUAAUAUGAUCAAAAUCAUAUUUUGUUUGGAAUGACUUAAAUUCUGCUGCAGUGGAUUGUGGUCCAUUGUCCAUCGCUAGUUGUCCUGAAAUACUGAAGUGAGCAAAAGUGCACUUCAGUUCCUCGAUAACCCUGCUACAUGUUCUGUUUUUCAAGUACAUUAUUUCUUUAUAUCUGGAAAAAUAGUCCACAAUGACCAGGUAAUGAUGUCCUCUGAAUUCACAUAAAUCUGCAGCUAGUCUCUUGCCAGGUCUGUCUGGUCGAGAUGCUUGUACACUGUAUGGUUCGGCAUUGUUUCUUAAGUUGAUUUAUACUGAAUCGCCUCUCAAAUGUCCAAUAUCGUCAAAUCCUCCAUUGAGUUCUUCUACCUUUCUCACUAGGCCUAUCAUGGCUGCCAUGUUGUUUCUGUGGUGAACUGGUUCAUGCAGUUCAGAAUACUGCCAGGGCUAGUCAUAGCUGUGUCAGGUGACCUGAGCUCUGGGAGGUGUGGAAGGUGAUUGUAUGUCUCUUGUGCGAUGACUGUGACAUCAGCUCCUGCAUCAAUUUUAAAGUCAAUAGUCUUACUAUGAAUAUUCAGUUUCACUCUCCAAGCAGGUUCUGUGUCAUCACAAGUGGUAGAUCCCAGAAACCAUGGCUCUUGAUUGUCUGUAAUAUGAGUCACCUCCCUGAUUGCUUUGGUGCAGCAAAUAGCUGGAAAAUGUCCAGAUUUCCUGCAUUUAUUACACUGUGUGCCUCUAGUUGGAUGUGCAUCAUCUCUUGGGAUAUGACUUUGUCCACAUCGUGUGCACGUAGGCUGGAAUUUGUCCCUCUUAGCCUGGAAGUUCUUUCUCCCUGCUUCAGGGGUUUUGUGGUGACGACUUUUAGCACUCAAGUGUCUUUUUACAGUUUCUAAGCCAGUAGGUUUUUCAAAUUUGUCAACUUGUUCUGGGUUUUGCUGUCUUACCAGCUCAGAAUGCUUUGCUCUCUGUAUAGCUGUGGCUAGGGUUAAAUCUCUCUUCAGUUGUAGCUGCAGUGAAAGGUUUUUAAUCUGUUAACCCAGUAGCUAGCCUGUCUCUGAUAUUUUCAUAUUUUGCAUUUCCAAAAUUACAGUUUUCAGCCAUUGUAUGCAGAGCUCUUAUAAAGCAUUCAACAUUUUCCCCUGGUUCUUGAAUUCUCUGGUGAAAACAAUGCUCUUUUGUAAGCCACGUUUCUCUGAGGUAUAGAGUAUGCAUCAAACAUAGCCAGAACCCUUUCAUGGUCAUCUUUGUCUUCAGUAAAGUCAAAGGAUUUAAAGAUAUGUUCUGCUUGUUUCCCCAUAGCAUAAAUUAAAGAAGAUACCUGUAUAUCAUCAGUUUCCUUGUAGAGCUUGGUAGCAAUGUGAAACUUGGAAAAUAUUGUUUUUAGUCUGUCCAUUGUGAAGGUUGGUCAAAGCUGAAGUUCUCUGGGGCAUUGAGAUCCUGCAACCUUUGUUGCUUUGUUCCUUCUAUUUGAAACCUUUGUUGCUGUUUUCUUUCUGUUUCUGUUCUUAUUUUACUCCUGUCACCAGGUCAUGUUCUUCUGUACCAGAUAUGGCUACAGAGUUUGCUUAUACAUACCAGAUGUGUUCAUCAGAAGAUCCUUUAAUGCUCUGCCAGAUAUGACUGAGGUUCAUUUAAAUAAGGUAUUUUACACAUAGCGCCACCUAGUGGUUGGAAUGCAUCUGAUGACAUGAGCUGUAGCUCGCGAAAGCUUAUGCUGAAAUAAAUUUGUUAGUCUCUAAGGUGCCACAAGUCCUCCUUUUCUUUUUGCGGAUACAGACUAACACGGCUGCUACUCUGAAACCUGUAUAAUACAGUUUAGCAUUCCCGUACACUCACUGCUCUCCCUCUUCCAGUACCCAGCCGCAGAGCUGCCAGACUAAUAGCCUCAGUCUCUCUCUCUCUCUCUCUGUUCCCCUCCAUCCCCAGCAUGGACCAUUCCAUACCAGCCAUUCUGCUGUUAAUCUCUGCUGACUUUCAGACCAAUCAUGUUUCUUGGGAGAAACAACCCAGAGCGUUUAGUUUGUUUUCUGUUGUGUUUGGAAUUGGUUGCCUCAUUCGGACUGGGAUAAAAGUGGGGUGGGCUUGAUUUUGGAUGUUUGGGUCUUUUAAAGGGAAAUGACAGCGUCUCGCCAUACUGUAUUGAAUGCGUGCUGAAUACAUGCCUUUCUUUACACAGAUGGCCGGGGAGUUUGUGGUUGCCUGUUUCAUGUGUUAAGUGUAGCUAGGAAGGAGGAAGGCAAUGCAUGGCCAAUACCCUUCUUUCAUGCUUUUGAGCUGUGCAAUAAGAGAAGCCUGGGUUUCCUGGGGAAGAAGCCAGGAAUGGAGCUCAGCUUUUCCACUCCACCAUCUGGCUUCAGCGACAAACGCUUUGCCAGAGUUGGGAUACCAGAUGACUGGAGACAGCGAGAGACAUUCAGCCCUUGAGGGGUGAUCUCUGAUAGGAAUGGGACGUAAAGGAGGCCGUCAACAUCUCUGAAGCGAGACAGCAUGCCCCUGUAAGAGACAUUUGAUUUUAGCCCUCUGCCUCCGAGGCUUGAAUUUUUGUUGUUCUAAAGACAAUGGGAAAUAGCUAAUUUUCGUUACUCUAAUUAUUAUGGCACCUGUAUGAAUUUUAAAAUUUGUUGAUUUCACUUAAGCUGGAAAUUAAGUGUUUGUAAAACUGUUUUCUUGGGAUUUUUUUAGUUUUUGUCUUUUUGGUUGGUUUUUGUUUAUUUUGGAUGGUGUCUAAAAUCUGCCACAAUAGUCCACAGUGAGGGGCAAUUUACAGAUAAUGGAACUGCCCCACUUCCAUUUCUUUGUUGUGGCUUUCUCUGUGCUUAUUUCCUGAGGAUUUGUCCAAUUCAGAGCUGUUUGUUUGUACGCAGACGUGGGGGGGGGAGGGGGGGAGCUGUGUGGCUCAGCGGAUGAAUGCACUAGCCUUUCAGCUUUGAAGAUCUAGGUGGAAAAACCUGAUGAGGAUGAAGAUGAAUGUGCUGAUCUCAUCCUAAUCCCCAGUGGGCAUUUAGGUACAUCACACACACAAAACAACACUGUUAGCAUUGGCAGCCUCUUCCCUAGGGAUCUUCCGAACUCAAAUAGCAGGAGGGUUGCUUAGUCUGAAUAGAGGUCUGCUGGCAUAGCUGUGGGGGGGCCCCAGGCUGGAAAAGGAAGGCGGUGCUGCUGGUUGGGGCUGCAGAGCUCAGGGGGGUCCCUGUACUGAAAUAGCAGGGGAUUACAGCACUUUUUUUUUAAGGGCUUUUUUAGGUUUCUGAUCAAUUCUUUUUCUUUCAAGGCGAAAUAACAAACUCAGAACUGCACAAUCUAGUGGAAAUUCUGCGUGGAAAGAUUCAUGUAAUCAGUUAACAGUGAUUGGGAUUACCGAAAAAAUUCAUACACAGUUAAAUGGUAUUUCCUAUCACCGUCAGAAUAAUGUGAAGAAAUGCUUAAAGGGACCCUGACCCUAUCAAUUAUAUGUGGGUUUUUUUUAACUCUCCAUGUUUUGUAAGAUCCUUCUAGAAACUUGGAAAUAAAAAUCCUUUCCCCAUCAA